GUAGAAAUCGUCUGCAACAUAUUGUUUUUCAACAAGUUCACAUCUUCGAUUUUGUUACACAACUGUGUGUGUAUGUGUGUUUGUGUAGCAUGACACUCACUGGGUCACACGUGUUACUUGUGUACUCACACAUGUAAACUAUUCCUGGAAUGCUCAGCUUGCCGCGAUUAAUUCGCUCUAAAAGUUGGUCUUUUUUAAAAAAAGUCAAACCCAACUGACCAGAGCUGACCGCCGCUGACCACAACCAACGAUUUGACCUCAAGCGUUGCCAUAGAGACAGUCACGUGAUGCAGGCUCUGGUCGAUAACUCCUCUCACCACGGCUACUCGAGCCAACCCUUCGAGUUAUCGUUCCUGGGUGUGACCUUUGUUCGCAGACAGACGAGGUCAGCAGACAUGGAGUCACAGCAGGUCGUGAAGGUCACGAGUGUACCACGUGACUUUGAUAAAAACGAGGUCACUUUUUCAAAAAUAGGGGACAAUUGUGUAAAUAGUUCCGCUCGGUUACAGAAGAGUUGUGAAACAUUCCUUGAGUUACCUUCCUUAGAAAAUAGUUUGUCAAGAGUUAUUGUUAAUGAAACGGAGUUAUCUCCCUUGCCAUGUGCAGGUAGAAGAUUCACACCCGUCGAAAUCCAUGAACACAAUAGAGAAAAUCAAGAAAACCGAUUAAUUUUAUAUAAAGGAAAAGUGUACGAUAGUCAGCUAAUAAAAAAGUCAAUUUUAUCAUCGCUUCAGCAUCGACCAGAUAACGACCUAUCGACUGUUGUUAACGACCAAGUUAACGACGACCUUGAAGAUGAUGCUUUAAAUAAAACCCGUGUGUUAGCGGAGAUGUUGAUACAGUUUACCAGUUCGAACUUUGUGAGUUUAAACGUAACAAAAAUGGACCUCUUUAAUGAGGCCUUGUCGCCCUUUUGUGUUGGCGCCCUCUGUCGCCCAGGCGACGCUCGCUACUGGGAGGACAUCCGGAGAAACGUCCGUCUGGUUUUGAACGAUCUGAUACGAGCAGACGCCGAAGACAGAAUCUCCGUGUACGAACACGAGUACAUGCGCCUGCUUCAACGCUGGAUGAAGAAGUACCGAGACACUGAUCCUAAGGGAGAUAACCAACCUCCGGGGGACGGAAAUCAGAGUGCUUUCCCUUUACCGGAAGACGUCGCUGAGAAUAAAAAUACCCUUCGCGAGUGGAUGGAGACGUGGGACCGGUUCGAUUUCCGGGUACCGGAAACGGGGGCCUGGUCGAGGUGUGAUGAGGAUACGGAUUUUGAUCUCGGUGAUCCGGACGAGAUUUUCGCGCGUUCUUUGAAAUCCCACGUGGACCCGGCGCCGUUCGUGACCCACAUUGAUGGCGAGGCGGGGUGGGCGGUUAUACCAGAGGGGUUGUUUGCAGACGACAUCAUGACGGAGGAGCAGAAGUGGACGGAGGAAUUCAGGAGGAGCAGGUCGGACAUGUUGGAUUUGAAACGGAUGGAACGACGGAGGAUGAAACUCUUGAGAUAUUUUAUAGACCGGUACAGACUGAGCCUAUGCGAGGUACAGAUUUAUGCUGAGUGGUCUCAACGAAUGCAGGACAGCGAGCGACAAUUUUUGAGAUUAUGUUGAAGUGUUACAAAUAA